AUGGAUCCCUUUUACGAUCAAUUUGUGCUUCCAGCAUAUUCAACGCAGCAGCAGCAACGCAAAGGAAAACGGCCCUCAACAACAGCAACAGCAGCUUCUGCUGGUGCUAAUCGAUUGGACGUCGAUCCGACAAUCACUGAUCAGCUUUGGGUGGAUAAAUACGAACCGAGAAAUGAGAAAGAUUUAGCUAUCCAUUCGAGAAAACUUAAAGAUGUCAACGCGUGUAUCCAAACUUCGGCAAUCGGUACACCACCGGGUCGAUGCAACUGCCUCGUGUUGAGUGGUCCGGCAGGCUGCGGCAAAAGCACAACAAUUCGAACUAUCGCAAAGUCACAACGCUAUACAGUUGUCGAAUGGAGUGCUACAAGUACGGAGCAGUAUGUAUUCGGUCAAGAAUAUGAAUCCGGCAUGACCAAGUUUGAAAACUUUUUAAUACGCGCUACACAAUUACAGCCUCUGAGCGAUCCGAACGAUUCAUCAUCUGCUGAAAGCAGCAAUCGACAGCGACGAAUCAUAUUACUCGACGAUAUACCGGAUCUGACCUCGGAAGCUGUCAAAGCACGAUUUCACGAACUGAUUGUGUAUCAUUUACAAAACAACACACAGCCGUUUUUGCUGGUUAUCGUUGUCAGCGAAGCAUGGAUGCAAACGGACAGCACAAGUAGGUGGUGGGAUGCAAACAACAACGAAACCCGGCUCACGAACGUUCGUGAUAUCCUGCCUCCAGCUUUUGUUGCCAGCCCUCAGUGCACUGUGAUUGAAUUUAACCCUAUCACUCCAAAGAACAUUGAGAAAAUACUAUCUGCUAUACAAGACAACGAAUAUCGACGCACUGGCCAUAAAUUAUCCAAAAACCGCCUGACACAUAUUGCAGAACUUUCCCGUGGAGACAUUCGAAAUGCGAUCAACAUGCUUCAAUUCCACUGUAUACCCACUUCACCAUCCGAUGUAGUAGUUCCAGCAAAACGGAGACGAGAAGAAGAUCUUCAAGAGGAUGAUACACUUACCCAAGCACAACAUAGAGGGGCGCCAUUGGAUCUAUUUCAUGCAAUAGGAAAAGUACUUUAUGCAAAACGCGAUCUACAAGGACGACUCGAAUCUCCACCAGAACAAACAUUCGAUUUGCUACCAGUUGAUUCGAGUACGUUUCAGGCGUUUUUAUACGCGAAUAUACCCAAAUAUUUUGACAGCGACGAUAUAUCCUCAUGUGCAAAGGCGUUGGAUUGGAUAAGCUUAGCGGAUAGUAUGACAUCAACAGAAAGCUGGAUGGAUUCAACUCCAUCUCAAUAUCAAUGUUUAUUGGCAAUGCGAGGAGCUAUGCAAUCACGCACCAGACCCGUGGUGACAGUAGGAAGAAGUUUGACCCAAACAAAACCGGAUUUCUCUGCUUUAUCCGUCAAGCGAAAGGAGCCAUCGAUAGGAUUAUGGAAUCGAGGUCUGCAAGCGAAAUGCGAGACAGAAAAGGAAAAUCCAUCGGAUUGGGGUGAUGAUAUUCAGAACUUUAGUGAUGAAGAGUUCGACGAGAUCUUUGGUGAUGGCACUGACAUCCCGCGCUUUAGUGACGAGGAGUUUGAUGAUCUAUUUGGUGAUGGCACAGAUAUUGCAGAACUAGAAGGAUGGUAG